CCCGUACACCAACUUUGUUAACAUUGGAGAGCGCUGUAACGUUGCAGGAUCCAGGAAGUUUGCUAAACUCAUCAUGACAGGAAAUUAUGAAGUGAGUAUCUAAAUAAGACCCUCGAGGCAUCUGCCAGGUUUUUGGCUAAGACAGCUUGCAAGUGAAACAGCUCUGCCUUUGAUAAUCAUUAGCAGAGCUGCUGGGAAGUGUGAGAAGAACGGUAAACUGUGUUUGUAGCAGGCAGGGCUGGUGGGAGGGUGAGACUUCGAAAAGUCAUAGCUGCCCUUGUCAAUAUUUUUCAAAAACAUUCAUCUAGGGUAUGAAGUGGGGUGAGAUGGGAGGCACCCAGGUUCUAGCUAUUUCUGUUAAUUGUGAAAUACAUUUAAAAAUUUGACAGACUCUUCAUUUUUGCUUCUCACAAAUCUUUCCAAGAAAAAGGAAAGCCAAGACAAUUCUAUUCUUUUCCUCAUGACCACAUCAGACACUGACUAAUGUGGUAUUAUUGAUUCUGUUCACUGUAAAAUAAGCUAAACAAACACAAAGCUUGCAAGGUAGUUUCACCAUAGGAUUCUUAAACUCGGUCACUCUAAGGGUGAGCAAAAUUGAAUCCAAGUAGAGCCCACUCUAAAAAUCUGGACAAAUUUUUUUUCCUUAUGCAAAUACAAAGUUAAAAUUGGAGGAACCUGAUCUGGGCUUUAAUGAUAGCCUUUGCAACCUUUAGGAAAUAGAUCUUCCAGCAGCCAGCAUCAAAGCAGACUCACUUCUAAUCACAAAGAAAGGGCUCAUGUAUCUUCCUUUAGGGACUUGUUAAUGACUGCUCCGUGGCAUCCCUCAGCGAUCUCCUCUGCAGGUACCUCAGUAGGGCCUCGUUACCUGGUUCCUGACAGUUCCCGUCAGUCCUAUUCUCUUCGUUCCCGCUGCUGCCUAGCCAGCACGUUCUGCUGCCACGGUCCUCCCCAGUUCAGAAGCUUUCACGGGGUGGCCUUUUUUGCACAUGGGAUAAAACCCAAACUCCUUCGGACCGCCAUCCACAUAGACACCAAACUGUCUUCCAUCCUGAUCUGUCAUCUGAACAUUCCAGGCGGCCUGCUUCUGCCUCCAGGACUUUGUCCCUGUUUGUUCCCUUCUGCAGUCCUGAUGACCCUUCAUGGUUGUAUAGCGUUCUCCAGUUGGCAGUAUUUCUAUUCCUGUUUUGAUUCUUAAGACCAUUCUGUGGUGUCCCUUUCAGCUCUCAGAUUUGAUACAUUUGCUUCUGAGAGCAGACGGCAUUUUAGGAAGAAGCAAACAAGUGGGAGUGAUAUCUGUCAUCUCAUAAGCUCUUACUAUUGAAUAUAUGCCAGUGACUGUGCUGAGUGCUAUACAGCAUUGCUCGUGUAAUCUUUACAGACCUGUGAGAUAGGUGCUGCUAUUAUCCCCAUUUUACAGAUGUGCAGCUGGAGGCUUGGGGGAGGUUAAACCACUCUCCUGCUGUUUGACAGCAGGUGAAGGAUAGACCCUAAGUCCUCCAAGCCCCAUGCCCUUCACCGCUCUGCUGUCUUGGCUUGGAGGACACGGGAAGGAGGCCGGGAAGUAGGAGGGGGUUGGGGAGGAAUGGCUCCUCCCUGGAUUCCAGUUCCCCAUGGUUAGUGACCCCUCAAGGCUCUGUGGUUAAGGGAAUGACCUGAGAGAAGGUCCAGUCCUGUCUUUGUGCCCAACUUGUACACCUUUAAAUAAAUCACUUCAUCUCUCGGAUCCUAUUUGGGAAGGUUGGACCGCUGAGCUGUGAUUCUGUGGCUCUUCUGAUGUAGAAAGGUCAGGCAUUGGCGUCUAUGUUGUGUGUCUUUUGACCUCUGGUCUACUCAGGUCGUUUGCCAUCUCCCCUGUGCUCCCUCCAGUCCAUUUUCCAGGGGCAGCUAAAGCUGCUCCCCUCAGGUAGCUUUCUCCACUUCAGUCCUCAGAGAUCUUGCCCUUCCUGGUGUUUCGGCAGGACAUUUGACUCGUACGUUGUAUGGCAGUGCCCGUAGCUUUUCAUAUGACUACAUCACAUGCCCCCAACUAGAUGAAAGCCCUUCAAGAACAGGGACUGUGACUUAUACUUCUUUUUAUUCUUUAUAGUAUUAAUAUUUAACAUACUGCUGAUACCAAAAACAUUUUUUGCUGAAUUUUAUUGAGAUCCUUUUUCUCUGAGUAACCUUGUGUUAUUAUGAGUGGUCUUUCCUGUGGCUUGUGCCAGAGGGUCUCAUGCUUAUUCUUUUACGGUGAUUGCUAAAAGUUUCUGUUUGGUUUCUUAGGCUAAGAAAAAAUUAGGACAACAUCAGAAGCUACAGUUGAUUUUAUCCCUGCUUAUUCUAUGACACUAUGAAGUGUGCGACAAAGACUUAAAGUCUCUGCUGUACCAGUCAGUUAGAAAGCCUUAUUGAACACGUCUGUUUUGCCCUGUAUUGUUCAAAUGAGAGUGGGAGAUACCUAAGACCUUUCUAGAUUUCCAAACGCUUAAAAUCUGUUUCAGAGAAUAAGCUAAUAUUCGUGAAAUCGUGAGGAAAUAAUAAUGUAAUACACCAUGUGGUAAUGUUUAUAAUAGUUACAGAUGUUUAGAGGCAGCUGGUCAUUGCGGAAUAAGCAGUGUUUCCCAAAGUAUGUUCCCUGGAACACUGAUCCUACAAGAUAUUCCUUAAAUGACUGUAAGUGGGAAAUGCUAUAUAUUGUAUCUUGUCCUUGGAGAUUUACGGUGUAAAAUAGCGUAUCAAAGGAUUUGAAAAUCCUUUUAGCACAGAAGAAGUUUAUUUAAACGCAUAUUUCAUGUAACUUCUAUCAACAGCCUACAAUGACUGCUUUGCACGUUUCGGCAAACACUGAAGAGUUAGAUAACUCUUGGACUGUUUCUCUAAGGACUUUCCUUGGAGGAGAUGGGACUUGAGCCGGAUCUUAAACAGUACAGGAAGGAAGGGGGUUGUGUUGGAAGCAGAGGGAACGUCAUGAUGUGUGACACAGAGGAAGCUCUGAGCGUUGCCAAAAUGCAGGUGGAAAUGGGAGCCCAGGUGUUGGAUAUCAACAUGGAUGAUGGCAUGCUGGAUGGACCAAGUGCAAUGACCAGAUUCUGCAACUUCAUCGCUUCCGAGCCUGACAUUGCCAAGGUGCCCUUGUGCAUCGACUCUUCCAAUUUUGCUGUGAUUGAAGCUGGGUUAAAGUGCUGCCAGGGGAAGUGCAUUGUUAACAGCAUCAGCCUGAAGGAGGGAGAGGAUGACUUCUUGGAGAAGGCCAGAAAGAUUAAAAAGUUUGGAGCUGCUGUGGUGGUUAUGGCUUUUGAUGAAGAAGGACAGGCAACAGAAACAGACACCAAAAUCAGAGUGUGCACCCGGGCCUACCAUCUCCUUUUGAAAAAACUGGGCUUCAAUCCAAAUGACAUCAUCUUUGACCCUAAUAUCCUCACCAUUGGUACUGGGAUGGAAGAACACAACUUGUAUGCUGUUAAUUUUAUCAGUGCAACAAAAGUCAUUAAAGAAACGUUACCUGGAGCCAAAGUAAGUGGAGGUCUUUCCAACUUGUCCUUUUCAUUCCGAGGAAUGGAAGCCAUUCGAGAAGCAAUGCAUGGGGUUUUCCUUUACCAUGCAAUCAAGUUUGGUAUGGACAUGGGGAUAGUGAAUGCUGGAAGCCUUCCUGUGUAUGAUGACAUCCACAAGGAACUUCUCCAGCUCUGUGAGGACCUCAUCUGGAACAGAGACCCUGAGGCCACCGAGAAGCUCUUACACUAUGCCCAGACUCAGGGCAAGGGAGGGAAGAAAGUCAUCCAGACUGAUGAGUGGAGGAAUGGCCCCAUCGAAGAACGCCUUGCAUACGCUCUUGUGAAGGGCAUUGAAAAAUACAUUAUUGAGGAUACUGAGGAAGCCAGAUUAAACCAGGAAAAAUAUCCCCGACCUCUGAAUAUAAUUGAAGGGCCACUGAUGAAUGGCAUGAAAAUUGUUGGUGAUCUUUUUGGAGCUGGAAAAAUGUUUCUACCUCAGGUUAUAAAGUCAGCUCGGGUCAUGAAGAAAGCCGUUGGUCACCUUACUCCCUUCAUGGAAAAAGAGAGGGAAGAAACCAGAGUGCUUACUGGCAUGACAGAAGACAAGGACCCUUACCAAGGUACCAUUGUGCUGGCUACCGUUAAAGGCGACGUGCACGACAUUGGCAAGAACAUAGUUGGAGUAGUCCUUGGCUGCAAUAAUUUCAGAGUUAUUGACUUAGGAGUCAUGACUCCAUGUGACAAGAUACUGAAAGCUGCUCUUGACCACAAAGCAGAUAUAAUUGGCCUGUCAGGACUAAUCACUCCUUCCCUGGAUGAAAUGAUUUUUGUUGCUAAGGAAAUGGAGAGAUUAGCUAUAAAGAUUCCGUUGUUGAUUGGAGGAGCUACCACUUCGAGAACCCACACAGCAGUUAAAAUAGCCCCAAGAUACAGUUCGCCUGUGAUCCACGUACUGGACGCAUCUAAGAGCGUGGUGGUGUGUUCUCAACUGCUAGAUGAGAAUCUAAAAGAUGAGUACUUUGAGGAGAUCAUGGAAGAAUAUGAAGAUAUUAGACAAGACCAUUAUGAGUCUCUCAAGGAAAGAAGAUACUUAACCUUAAGGCAAGCUAGAGAAAGCGGUUUCCAUAUUGACUGGCUGUCAGAGCCUCCCCCAGUGAAGCCCACGUUCCUUGGGACUCGGGUCUUUGAGGACUACGACCUGCAGAAGCUGGUGGGCUACAUUGACUGGAAGCCUUUCUUCGAUGUCUGGCAGCUCCGGGGCAAAUACCCGAACCGAGGCUUUCCCAAGAUAUUUGAUGACAAAGCUGUAGGUGAAGAGGCCAAAAAAGUCUAUGAUGAUGCCCAAAAUAUGCUGCAGGCACUGAUUAGUCAGAAGCAGCUCCACGCCAGGGGCGUGGUUGGGUUCUGGCCAGCGCAGAGCAGCCAGGACGACAUCCACCUGUAUGCUGAGGGCGCGGCACCCCAGGCCACGGAGCCCAUCGCCAUCUUCUACGGACUCAGGCAGCAGGCCGAGAAGGACUCUGCCAGCGCGGACCCCUACCUCUGCCUCUCGGACUUCAUUGCCCCUCUGCACUCGGGCAUCCCCGACUACCUGGGUCUGUUUGCCGUCGCCUGCUUCGGGGUGGAGGAGCUGAGCAAGGCCUACGAGGAAGAGUGUGACGACUACAGCAGCAUCAUGGUCAAGGCGCUGGGGGACCGGCUGGCCGAGGCCUUCGCCGAGGAGCUGCACGCGCGGGUCCGCAGGGAGCUGUGGGGCUACUGCGGCGGUGAGCAGCUGGCGGUGGCUGACCUGCGGAGGCUGCGCUACGAGGGCAUCCGGCCGGCGCCCGGCUACCCCAGCCAGCCCGACCACACCGAGAAGCUGACCAUGUGGAGGCUGGCGGACGUGGAGCGGCACACAGGCAUCAGGUUAACAGAGUCGCUGGCCAUGGCGCCUGCUUCAGCGGUAUCCGGCCUUUACUUCUCCAAUUGGAGGUCCAGAUAUUUUGCCGUGGGGAAGAUUUCCAAGGAUCAGGUUGAGGAUUACGCUCUGAGGAAGAACAUGUCUGUGGCCGAGGUUGAGAAAUGGCUGGGACCCAUUCUGGGAUAUGAUACAGACUAACUUUUUUUUUUUUUUAACCUUAUCUAUACUUGUUUCCUCAAGGAAACACAGUCAAAAGUGCCUUAAUAAUAACAGCACAGUGGCCGCCAGCCUAUCUGCGUCUGGUUGACCUUUGUGCUGCUCCAGGUUGUGGACGUUUGGUGGGACCUUGAGGAAGAACAGAGUGUUCCUACAGUUCUUGGAAAACAGGGGGCUGUUUUCCAGGGGACUUUGAAUGAAGAGCAGUGAGCAAGACUCUGCGGGUGUCCCCGUCCCUCCGGGACUAGGACAAGCCAGAGAUGGAGGUCUUUUGCAUUGCAAAGCAAGUCAACUUGCUUUUUUCAUUUUUACCCCAGACCUAGGAGGCCAUUUCUUCCUUCCUUUCUUUUCUUUUCUUUCUUUCUUCUUUCUCAGAGAAAAGCCUGAAAGUCAGUUGAAUAGGGGGAUGUGACCCUGUGGCAGAAAGAUGCUGUGAGCAACGGGGCGUUUUAAUCUGAGUGGUUAGAGCAGUGACUCUGAUGAAGGAGAAGCAUCACCCCGCUCUCUCUCCCGAGGCCUCCUUUUCUGAAGCCUCGAUUAGAUGCCUGCAGAAGCCCCUGCGACCAGAGGCAUGCUCUCCCCUCCAGCUUAUCAGAGGUACUCAGGCUGCUGCUGGCCCUGGCAGGUCACAUACAGUCAACGUUCUCCAAGCAUUUUGUCCUCUUGUGAUCUCAUAUUCCCUCACGCUGAGGGGGGAAGAAGGAGAGGUGGGCAGAGAGAGCGGCCGCUAAGGGUAGUUAACAGCCUUGGGUUGAUUUCCAGAACUGAGUAGGCGCUCGGCUCAGCUGCGUGUCCACGCAGGGUGGAUAGGUGAGCAGCGACACUCCACUCAGUUCUUCCUUUUCUGCGCUGCCCCAGCUCCGGACUCGCCCGAUACGGGAACAGCACGUGGACUUGUAUGUGGUCAUCGCAGGGAGAUGGUCAAGAACCAGGGCUUUGAAGUCAGACACACCCAGGUUCGCGUUUCAUGUUUGCCGCGUCCUUGCUGUGCGACUGAAGUAUCAGCACGAUUUUCUCAUCUGUGAUAUGGAGACAGAGAGACUAGCUCCUCUCUCACAGGCGUGAGGUGUGGAUUAAAGGAGAUGAUACACGUAGGCAGGUAACGGGCUGUGGCACACAGUGAGAGCUUGAUAGACAGCAGCUGCUGUAGAGCUCUCUAGGGGGUCCCCGAGCUCAGCACAGGGUAGGUGCUCAUGGAAAGGGAAUAAGAGAUUAAUGGAGGUGAAAAGAUACUGGGGAAAUGCAUAUGGGAACGACCAUGUUGAAUAUACUAGGUACCCUUUCUGGGAUUAGAGCCCCAUUGAACAUGGUGACUGUCUUGAGAGAGAAGCUACUGUCUCGGCACCACCAGCCCUCAUUUUCUGUGAGACGGUGCCCCCUCCCCUCGUGAUGUAAGCUGGCCUUGCCCCAGAGCAGUUAUAUCAAAUACACACUCAGGUACAUUGGAGGUGAAAGGGGAAAAAAAUUUAGCAAACGAUAAUCCUGCAUAACUGUAGCAUAAACAUGUUUACCUGCAGAGUAACACGCCUUCUUAGGCAUCACUUGCCCUUGAAGUGAAGAGAAUUGUAUGCU